AUGACCAACUCCACCUACGUCGGCCAUGACUCUGACCUCUGCCGAGACGACUCCGCCGCGCUCGUCCUCAAAUUCGUCGCCCUCGCCUCCAUCCUCCUCGCCGGUAUGGCCUCCAUCCUUCUCCAAGUUCCAAUCCUCUGCUUCGCGCUCCUCUCCCUUGGCGUGGUCCUCUCCCCGGCGAACCCUCUCUCCACGUGCUCCGAACUCACGCGCCUCCUCCACCUCAGACGCGAACGGACUCACCACGUGUUGGGGUUCAUGUUCUGUUUGAGGGCGAUGACUUUGACGGAGACGGUGGUGGUGAUGGAGAGGUUUAGUAUGAGGGGAAUGUUGGGCGCCGUGGAGAGGUUUGGAGUAACGCAUCUGACGGUGGUGCCGUCAGUGGUGGUGGUUGUGACGAAGGACGGCAUCACCGACGGGUACAGUUUGAAGUCGUUGGAAUCUGUGGUUCGUUAAUUUAUAUUUUCCAUGGUUGAGUACAUUGUUCAAAGUUUGAUAUGAUAUUUCUUUGAUCAAAUUCCAGUAUUUUCGUUUGGAUAUUUCUUUACGGAUUUUACUAGCUUGACAUGUGUAUGUGUAUACAA